GAUCUCUUUCUGUUGUUAUAAAAUGUAUAUAGGCCUAGGCGCCAGCUUUGUAUUUGUAUCUUUGCCUGUACUUUAUAUAGGUCUAUAAGUUUAUUAUCCUUCAACAUUAUGAGACUGCUAUUCAAGUUUGAUUAUUGUUCUUCUAUUUUAAGAUGUUUCGUUUUGAAAUACCCACUCAAAGUUCGCACUGUCAUCACUUUCAAAAGAAAACUAUUAGUUACAGUCGGUAUCUGGGUGAUUUCAAUCUUGUGUUCAAUUCAUGCUUUAUUUGAUAUAGACCUUAUGUAUUCUAUUGUAGAUGACGAGUGGGACAAGUGGCAACCUACAACACAAUUUAUAAUUCCGGCAGUCAUCGUUGUAGUAUCUUGCAUCAUUACAGCUGUAACACUUAUUAAAAGAAUACACAGUAAUCGUUUACAAGAGUCCAAUCAAAGUAACGUGUCCACAGGAAAUUCUCUCAGAAAUCCAAAAAAGGCUCUAAAAACGAUGAUCAUCGUGGCUGUUGUCUUUCUGUGCAUGACGUCACCGAGUGCAAUUUUUCGAUUUUGGAUUAUAAACAAUGGAUACUAUCCAUCCGCGAUACCCUGGUUCUUUUUUUGUAAUCUACUUAGAAUAUCUAAUAGCUGCGUUAAUCCAUUUAUUUAUGCACUCAUGUCCAGUAGUUUUCGAUCGGCCAUCAAAUCAACAUUUUGCUGUAAAACAGAUUCGACAAACAGGCAAAAUUUAAAUUUUAACUCUAGAAGUAGACCGUUGCAAAACAGAGUUUAG